AACAAAUGUUUUAAAAACAUAUUUAUAGAAAUUUUCUAUAAAAAAAGAAAACUAAAUAUAAACAACGAAAAGAAAAUGCGUUAAGGCAAGAGAGAAUUAUUGUUUACAUACAACAAAGAAAGAGAGAAACAAUAAAGCUUUAUGUUGUAUGCAUAUAAACAAGAUAAACAACAACAACAUUAGUACAUUUUUAACAAACAGCAAGUAUUAAAAACAAUAAUAAAAACAACAGCAGCAGCAACCAUUUUCAUUACACUACUCACUGGGGAUUUUCAUAACUCCACAAAACUCUCUUCGUAAAAAAACGGCAAAUAAUAAAAAAAAUAUUAUUAUUACAAGAAGGAUCAUUUGAAGGCAGUUCUCUAUACAACAACAACAGUUAUUGUUGUAAAAUGGAAAUACUUGUCAUAAAAUAAUAACAACAAUAACUUUACUACCAUAUUGUUGCUGUUAUAAUACAAAAACAACGUUUUAAGCAGGAAGAAAAUAACAAUAAACUGAAAAACAACUACAUUGUACUAGAAAUAUGACUGCAAUUUGUAUGAUUUACAUACCCCCACACUUACGCACAUUUUUAAAUACAAAAGUGGAGAGACAGUGAGUGUGAAAGGAGGAGUGAAAGAGAGAAAGAGGGAGUUAAAUAUAAUAAGGAGAGCUUAACUACAAAUAAUGAUGCUGUUUUGCUGUAAAAGUAACAACAAGACCUGUGCUAAUUACUUCAGCAAUGCUGAAAGGGAUUGUGUACCAUAAACUUUGAAGCUGUCUUUAUAAAAAUCUCUCCAAAGGUGUUGAAGUCAAAAACAAACAAACAAAUAAAACCACUUAAGGAAUAAACAAAAAGAAACAAAAAAAUAUAUAUUAGCAACCUUUAAACAAAAUAAUAAAAAACCGUAAAAUACUACAAAUUGAAUCCUUGAACCACAAAACAACAAUUUGCUAUUGAAUAUAAAAAUGGGAUUUGAUGAGUUUUUAGCCUCAAGGGUUUUACAAACAGAAGCACUACAACAAGCAGCAGCAGCUAUAGCAACAAUAAAAUUAGCAGCGGCUACAAUUUCUUUAAAAAUUCAAGACAGCAGCAACAAACAACACAAUAAAAACAUCGAUAAAAUAGAUAAAUCAAAAAACAAAGUUAAAAAAAGGUUGCUGUCAUCUGCUAAACCAGCAGACGAGGACGACGAAGACUUACAUUUUAAAGGUGACCAACAACAGCAAUCCACAACAAAAAGAUUAGCGGCAACACUUUCCCAGCUAAAACUGCUGACACGACAAUUGCAACAGCAACAACUCGGCUAUAACAAUAAAUUUCACCAUGAAAAACAUAUACACAUUUGGCUGAUUCCAGUUCCAAUAACAACAACAAUCUUAUAAAAUUUAAAAUUUUAAAUAGAAAAAAUCACAAAAUUUUGUCUUAAAUCUUGCAAUUGUUUUUACAAAUCUAAACAAAAUCCUUGAAUUAAUUAGAAUUUGUUGCAUACAAAAGAGAACCAGUACAAAAUGCAACGUUUACGUACCACAUUUACGCGUUCGCGUACCCCCACUGGUGCUGAAAUGAAAACGCAAAAUAGUCUUGAAGUACCAAAACAGGUACGCUCUGCCUCAUUUGAUGAAAUGCAGCUGGAGGCUCAGCGCAUGUCGUCACACUUUCUCAAACAACAAUCCUCCUCUGACGAACGUUCGUCUGAAGGUGGAUUUCUGCAAGUUCCUCAAGCCUCACACACACAAAGAUCACAUUCCUUCGAUUCAGCAGCUGCCUCAGCGGGUAGCGAUGAUUCGGGCACGUUCUUAGAGGUGCCACGUAGAGGUAAAACCCGUCGUAGUUCCUCCACCAAAACACCGCCUCCCUGCAUACAUUGUUUGUACUUGGAGGAGUAUGAGAAGCAAAUGUCGGUGGAACAGCGUUAUUUUAUAGAUCAUCGGGAAAUUAAGAGUCUGAGUUAUAGCUAUAGCAGCUCUGAGGCUAGUGACGAUGAAGAUGGUGAAGAAGAGGGUUUGGAAGAAGAUGAGGAGGAGGAGGAGGGUGAGGCUACCGAUGAGGAUGUUAAUCCUUGUACUGAAGAUGAGCAAUUAGGUGGUGAGUCCAUAGAUGUUUAUGAUGAUGCGGCCUUGGAAAUGGACAUACGCCUGGGCGGCAUGUCCAGUGGCAUAGAUGAGACUAGAGCAAGAUUGCCGCGGCAAAUGCGACGCCAUACCAUAGGCAGCUCGGUUACCACAUCGGAAGAUGAAGGUCUAGAGGAAUCAGAACAUGAUUCGCCUCAUUUUGGCAAUACUCUAAUGCCCCCGCCUCCUACCACGCCCUGUGGCAUUACAUUUACUUUAUCGCCCACAAAUGGUGAUUAUCCGCCUUUUCCUGCCUACACAUUUCCCAUUGAUCCCGGCUCACCGCCUGUCUCACCCCUAUUUGCAUUAUCGGUGUGCGAUAGUCCCGUUAUGGAACUGCCACCGCCACCACCCAUCUCACCUUUAGAAUUACUGCCACAGCCACCAUCAUUCGAUUUAACUUUACCACCACCACCAGCCUUUAGUACAGAUCUUCCUCCUGCCUCUGAUACAGCAACAACGACUACAGAUGACAAUGAAAGCAACACGAACGCCAAUACUAUACAACCACCCCUGUCACCCUCUGCACAACGACCACGUAGACGUUCCAUCUCCCGCCAAGAAGCCAUUUUCGUGGAGCCCACUGGCAAUUCGCUGGAAAAUGUCUCACAAGAAGAACAACAUAAGUCGUCGGUGGACGCCAUCGAUUCGGUUGAUGAAGUGUCCACCAUGGCCACAUGUGGCUCACCAACAGCUGCUAAGCACGCACUCGUUGUACGUGAUAUUUAUCUAACUGUACCUGAUUUGAGACGUGAUCGUGCAGCGUCUGUUGACUCCUGCUUUUCGAAAGUUUCCUCUGGCGGCAAGACGGAGGAGCUGCAACCCAGCGAUGGUUGUUUUCUCACUGUGCCCAACAUCAAUGCCACACGUUCGCGUUCGGUGGAUAUUGUGUUGCCAACGGAUGAGCAGGCACGUUAUAAAGCUUUAGCCAUGGCUGGCACGUCUGCCAUGUAUGCUGAUGGUCGAACCACAAGUAGUGCUGGCGUUCGAAGACCCAUACGCAUUGUACCCGAUUGGACGGAAAAUGCCAUACAGGGUGAACAUUAUUGGAAACCAUCAUCAGCAUCGGGUGAUUUAUGUUGUCUAAAUGAAGAAUGUAUUAAAAGUGGACAACGCAUGAAGUGCUCUGCAUGCCAAAUAAUUGCGCAUCAAAAUUGCAUUCCAAUGGCCAAUGAAAAGACUCAAUUAGCUUGUAAGCCAACAUAUCGAGAUGUAGGUAUAAGACAAUACAGGGAACAAACUGUUACUCAUCAUCACUGGGUCCAUCGGAAAAUGGAAAAAGGCAAAUGUAAACAAUGUGGAAAGGCUGUGCAAGGAAAAUUAUUUGGUUCCAAAGAAAUUGUUGCAUUGUCAUGCGCCUGGUGUCAUGAGGUGUAUCACAAUAAGGAAUCGUGCUUUAAUCAAUCAAAAAUUGGCGAAGAAUGUAAAUUGGGUAAUUAUGCCCCCAUCAUUGUGCCGCCUUCAUGGAUUGUCAAGUUACCCAGCAAGGGUAAUUUCAAAUCAUCUAUACGUGUGAAUAAUAAACAACCAAAUGCUUCGAGUAAAAAAGCCAGAGUGGCUAGUAAAAAGGGCAAAAAGGAUGAGCGCAAGGAGCAAAGGGCUUUUAUUGUUAAGCCCAUACCUUCGCCGGAGGUAAUACCGGUCAUUGUUUAUAUUAAUCCUAAAUCUGGUGGCAAUCAAGGUGUCAAGUUGUUGGGAAAGUUUCAGCAUCUUUUAAAUCCCCGGCAAGUGUUUGAUUUAACACAAGGCGGUCCUAAAAUGGGUUUGGAACUGUUCCGCAAAACUCCCAAUCUAAGAAUUUUAGCUUGUGGUGGUGACGGUACUGUGGGCUGGGUUCUAUCCGUUCUAGAUCAAUUAAACCCUCCCAUACAACCCCCACCAGCUGUGGGAGUAUUACCUUUAGGUACCGGCAAUGAUUUGGCCAGAGCCUUAGGUUGGGGAGGCGGUUACACGGACGAGCCCAUUGGUAAAAUUCUACGUGAAAUUGGCAUGUCCCAGUGUGUUCUUAUGGAUCGAUUUCGCUUGAAAGUUAGCCUCAAUGAGGAUGUGCCCGAUGACAAUGUGGAACGCAGCAAACCCAAUGUACCCUUGAAUGUGAUCAAUAACUAUUUCUCAUUUGGUGUGGAUGCCCACAUUGCCCUAGAGUUUCAUGAGGCACGCGAGGCCCAUCCGGAACGUUUUAAUUCACGUCUGCGUAAUAAAAUGUAUUAUGGACAAAUGGGUGGCAAGGAUUUAAUACUAAGACAAUAUCGCAAUCUCUCACAAUGGGUUACACUGGAGUGCGAUGGCACAGAUUAUACGCAAAAGUUAAAAGAUGCUGGCUGUCAUGCUGUAUUAUUUUUAAAUAUUCCCAGUUAUGGCGGUGGCACUCAUCCUUGGAAUGAUUCGUUUGGUCAAUCGAAACCCAGCAUAGACGAUGGUCUCAUCGAGGUUGUUGGCCUAACAACCUAUCAAUUGCCCAUGCUGCAAGCUGGUCUCCAUGGCACUUGCAUUUGCCAGUGCCGUACGGCACGCAUUGUCACCACCAAAACGAUACCCAUGCAAGUGGACGGCGAGGCAUGCCGUGUUAAGCCCUGCAUCAUUGAAUUGGAUUUAUUAAAUAAGGCUGUUAUGCUUGCCAAACGUAAACAGGGUCGUGGAGAUGUUCAAGUAAAUGCUUUGGAAAGACUACAAUUAGUUAUAUUGCGUGUAACCAUGGAUCAAUAUGAGCGUCAUCACUAUGACAAACCUAUGCUGCGUAAAUUGGCCAAUAAAUUGGGCAUCGUAGAAAUCGAUUCCCAGUGUGAUCUCGAACAAGUGCGCAAUAUGCUGAAUGAGAAAUUCGAACAAUCAAUAUCGUAUCCAAAAGUAUCACAAGAUUGGUGUUUCAUAGAUUCUUGUACUGCUGAGCAUUUCUUCCGCAUCGAUCGGGCCCAAGAGCAUCUACACUAUAUCUGUGACAUUGCGGCCGAUGAGCUGUUCAUAUUGGAUCAUGAGGCGGCCACCAUGCCACAAACACCCGAUCAAGAUCAAGAGCGUUCAUUUUCGGCAUACUCACAGCGUCAGGCCCAAAAUGAUCGUCGUAUGGAACAAGGACGUUCGGGUAGUACUGAGGAGUGUCAAAUUGGAAAACCAAUUAAAGUUAUUAAAUUUAAAAGUCCUAUAUUGGAGCAAACUUCCGAUGCCGUAUUAUUAGCUGCACAAAGUGGCGAUUUGAAUAUGUUACGUGCAUUACAUGAACUAGGAUACUCAUUACAAACCACCAAUACAAAAGGACAUACUGCUUUACAUUUUGCUUGCAAAUAUAAUAAUAAGGAUAUUGUUAAAUAUAUACUAUCAUGUGCCUCACGUCGUUUAAUUAAUAUGGCCGAGAAGGAGAAGGGUGCUACAGCAUUGCAUAUGGCGGCUGAAAUGAAUAGACGUGAUAUUUGUGUGAUGCUUGUAGCAGCUGGAGCCAAUAUAGAGGCUCGUGAUAUGUGUGGCAAUACACCAAUGAUGGUGGCAUUCAAUAAAAAUGCCAAUGAAAUUGCCACAUAUUUGGAAAGUAAGCAAAAAGCUCUUAAAACACAAACUCCUAAAAUCUAUUAAAUAUUAAAUUAAACAAUAUACUCAUAGUAAUAACAAAUGCAAACAAACAUUACACUACACUUAAAGUAAAAACUACAAUAAUAACAAAUAUACACGGAGAAAACAAUCAUUAGUUUAAAGAAAAGCUUUUUGAAUUAUAAUAUUAAAUAGUUUGAGCUAAAAAAAAAUCCAUGUAAAAGCAGUAUAAACUUG